GGGUACUUAAACACCGAACCUCUCACCUCUGACCCUGUUCUGGCGGCUCCGUCAGUCUCUCAUGGUUACCGUGAAGUGGAUUCAGCAACAAGAGAGGAAACUGGAGCGGACCGGACGGGUUUAUGAGGGUGAGUCGAUUUAUGACAUGAAUCUUCGAAUAGUUCUCUUUGUUAAACCUCGAACUUUUAAAGGAGAACUUUAAAGAGCCUGUUACCGUGUAGUUAGCCACAGAAACAGAAACUGUAACGGUUCUGAGACCCAACAGGAUCCUUCACAGUCCGGGUUCUGGACGGUACCAGCUAUCAGCUAACAGUUUGAGGAUCAGGUGUAGUCCUGGUUCGGUUCUGAUGAGUUAGCUAAUGUUAAGAUGUGUUUAAUCCUGUUAAAGGAGGAGAAGCAGGUGUUUUAUCUCCUCCUGUUUAAACAAACUAACCUCAUUAAAAUACUGAGUUUAGAUGAACAUUAAUUUAGAUUAUUCAGAUAUUAAAUGUGUUUUUAAUCGAUAUCUAUAUUCAAAAUAAGCGUUUCUAAAUUCUUGAUGAUAUCCUGCUUUGAUUCUGUGUUUCUGUUUCAUUUUCAGGUGUUUUUUUUUUUACUUUAUUUCUUUUUUAUGGAGCAGUUUUUAAGAUUUAUUAAAGUUUUAUAUGAAUAUUUACAGUAUGAGUAAAAUCCUCUGAGAAUUGAAUUAAACACUUUUUAAAGUUGAGUGUUAAAAAUACUUGAAAACUGAACUAUUAGUGUGGUUAGAUUUUCCUUUAUUCAUCCCUCAGUGGAGAAAUUAAGUUGUUAACAGCAGAAAACACACACAUUUAUACCGGGUACAAAAACACUAAUAAAUAAGAAAGAACUACGGUUAAAAAAAGAAAGAGAGCAGUGCAAUCGAAGAACAGUAUUAAAGACAAGAAGAGGAAAAAAAAGAUCAGUGCCAAUAAAAAAACAGGUAUUUAUGUGAUUAUUUUGUUUUUCCUUUUUAGUGAAUCGGCCUCAUCGACAGUCUGCAGGUCGGCGUCUCCCUGAGGUCUUCAGUCCCUAAAACAUGGACGGUUUAAGCAGAUCUAAUGGUGGGUUUGUUCUUUCUCCUAAAUAAAGAUGUUUUUUUUUAUUUUUUCUCUGAAGUAGGGGAGACUGGGGUAGGUUGAAAUAUCUGCAGAUACACGAGUUAGAGACAAAACUAGGACUGACCUGAUGUAGAGAUCUAAAAUAUGAAACAUGGAUCAUCUGACCCCGCUCUCCCCUACCAUACAUUUAUUUAUGUGUAUGAAAAUUGAUCCCAAACUCCCGUGGACCGUGGCUGUUUAGCUGUACACUGUCUGUGUGAGCUGCAGUUGUUUUUAUGGUAAGACUGUGAUUUGAUGAGGACUAAUGACGGAUAAGACCGGACUCAGGAGACACCAGAGAGGCACAAAGAGGAGGGCUGAGACCAUUAGCUGAGGAGGUGUGACUCUCAGAGGAUUCGUACCCGUGCAGGUGUGAGACCUGGCUGCUUCCUGCCAUAGUAACCCAUUAUUAUCACUCCCAACUACACCUCACUGUGUCUGAUAGCAGCCUGUGUGAAACGUAAUGAUAAUAAACACGAGUCGUGUCAUUAUAAAACUCUAAGAUAAGAUUUUAACCAACACUAACAGACGCGAGAACAUCACUCCUGUCCUCAGCUCCCUUCAUCGUCUUCUCGUCUCUUUUAGGAUUGAUUUCAAACUUUUAAUGUUUGUUUUUAAAGCUCUUAACGCCCUCGCCUCUGUCUAUUUAACUGAGCUUUAACAGAGCUCUGAGGUCGUCAAACCUGGAGAUGUUCAGGUCAAAACACAAACACUGAGCUGACCGAGUCUUUGAGAAUAAACUCCCAAACGAACUGAGACUUAUCGCAUUGUAUUUUAUCCUUUUAACAUUUACAUUUAAGAUAAGAUAAGAUAAGAUAAACCUUUAUUCAUCCCACAGUGGAAAAUCUGCCGUGUUAACAGCAGAAAAGGAUCGUUUAACUGAGAUUAACGUAACUCUUUGUUUCUCGAAGCCUUUAAGUCUUCACUCAAGAGUCUGCUCGAUAUCUUUAAUCUGCUGGUUUUAGUCUCACAGUUUCAGACCGGAGCGGUGUGAACAGUGGUGGUGGUUUCUGUCUAACUGGAAAAAAACUGUGGAUCAAAUACUCCGUCCAAACUUAAAGGGAUAUUCUGCCGUAAAAUUAAUUUAGAGUCAAACCCACCGUAACCCCGAGUUAGACCCCUCCUCCAGAGAUGAAUGUUGUCGACCGCUUCCUUCUCUAGUUAUACCAACUUUAGUAACGACCGCAGGAUAGCAAUACAGAGAGACAUGCCCUCAACCACAGACUACAGCGGGGUGUCUCAGCUCAAGGAAGAACAUUUAUGAUAAUUUCUUCAUAGAAAUACAAUCAGACCGAGACGCUAAGACAGAAGAACUACCGCGUCUGAAAAAUGAUCAAUAUGGUGAUUAUUACUUCAAGGAAACGAUAAAGAAAUGAUCAUAAAUGUUCUUCCUUGAGCUGCGGCACCCCGCUGUAGUCUGUAAUGGACUGGCCUGAGGUCUCUCUACAAACAAGCGGCUGCUGGAAGAGAGUAGGUGAGUUGUGUUUAGUCUCUUUGCUAAAGACAUGAGUCAAAGUUAUAAAGAUGUUUGGUGUCUAGUACUAUGUCUGUGACCCUAUAUGUACUAACCUCAGUAGAACAUGGUGUAGUUCUGUUCAGUAACAGAACCUCAUUGGAAAAUUAGCUGAUUUAACUUUACUGUGCUCUUGUUCAAAUAUAUUAACUCGACAGCACAUAAAUCCAUACCUGUUAACAAAAUCAUGAUUUUAUUGAUAAUUCGGCUCAAUAAAAACACCUUUACCUUUUCAUUUUACUACAGUAGAAGUUUAUUGGCCCAGCUUAUAGACAACAGAGGUGGAGAAAUGCCCCCGCUUAAGUUGAUGUUUUCUGAAUAAAGUACUAUGUCUGUGACCCUAUAUGUCCUGUUGAUGAAGUUAGGUGCUGUUCUGAGCAUUAUUUGUGGCUAUAGAGUGGCGUUUUGGUUGGGGGCGUGGCUCUCUGUAUUGCUAUCCUGCGGUCGUUACUAAAGUUGGUAUAACUAGAGAAGCAAGCGGUCGACAACAUUCAUCUCUGGAGGGGGGGUCUAACUCAGUGUUAUGGUGGGUUUGACCAUAAAUUAAUUUUACGCUGGAAUAUCCCUUUAAGAUCACUGGAAGAAACUGUAGAUCAAAUACUCCGUCCAAAUUUAACAUCUCCUCAGUUUCUUUUUUUACAAAAACUUCAUAUUUCAGGAUGUGGGAAAAAUCUUCUGUUACGCCGUCAUGACUCCAGAGACUUUGGAUAUUUGAUUUUAAUAAUGUGUGUGUGUGUGUGUGUGUGUGUGUGUGUGUGUGUGUGUGUGUGUGUGUGUGUGUGUCUCAGAUGUUCAGGCUCAGCUGGACUCGGUGGAGGAGGAGCUGGAGCUGGUGGAGCUGCAGAUCUCGGAGCUCCUGCAGAAACAGGCGGAGCUGACGGCUCAGAAGAACUCUCUGCUGCAGCAGCUGGAGAACGCCUGUGACGCCGCUCAGCCUUCAUCCUCCUCAUCCUCGUCCUCCUCAAAGUCCUCUAAAGCAGAUCCCGCGAUGAGUAAGCAGGAGUUGAAGCUCUACGACGGCACAGGUAUUCUGCAGGUGUGGAGGAGCCGUCAGGUCACAGGUGAGUUUCUGUGGUAACACUUUGGUGUUUGUUAGAUUUCCCGUGGUCCAAAGAGGUGGAGCAGCACCUGAAGGACUCGUUCCACCUCUCCAAGUUCAGACCGCUGCAGCUGAGGGCCAUCAACCUGAGCCUGUCAGGCAGAGAUCUGUUCUUAGUGAUGCCCACGGGACGAGGGAAAAGCCUCUGCUACCAGCUGCCUGCAGUCAGCUCCAAAGGUAAAAAUCACCCACACGAGUGAACACCAACGACCGUCACGACUCUUCAUCUUCUCUCUGCUUCUCUGUCUGCAGGUUUCACGCUGGUCGUCACCCCGCUGCUGUCUCUGAUGGAGGACCAGGUCAUGUACUUGAAGUCCAUCGAGGUGUCUGCAGCCAUGCUUAAUGCGUCCAGCAGUAAGGUGAGACGGGCGCCGUGUUUGUUUCACUUCAGCUCCUCUCUGAAUCUGAGUUGGCCUGUAACACCAACAUGUAUGUUUUUUUCAGGAGCACGCCAAGACCGUCAUGGCGGGGAUGACGGACCCAAAGUCCCCCUUCAAGCUGGUCUACGUGACUCCAGAGAAGAUCGCCAAAAGCAAACUGCUCAUGUCUCGUUUGGAGAAAUCUUACAACGCUAACCUGCUGAGUCGUAUCGCCGUGGACGAGGUUCACUGCUGCAGUCAGUGGGGUCACGACUUCAGACCAGGUGAGGGGGGCGCCUCAUGAUCCAGGGUUAGUUUUUAAAUCCUCCAGACUCUAUAAUCCUGUCGGCGUUCUCCUCUGCAGAUUAUAAACUCCUGGGCAUCCUGAAGAGACAGUUUCCCAAAGUCCCGCUGCUCGGCCUCACCGCCACGGCGACCAGCAGCGUCCUCAAGGACUGCGAGAAGAUCCUGUGUGUGCAGCAGCCAAUCACCAUCACCGCGUCCUUCAACCGCACCAAUCUCUACUACGAGGUGGUUACCACGGCAACUCGACUCACCGUGUCUGCUGACUCGCCUGUUUUGACCUUUCGCCGCGAGGUCACGUGUUCGUCCUCUCGUAGAAACGUGGAGGGAAGAUCCGUCUGAAAGUUCCUGAUAUUUUUACUCUGAGUUUAAUUUUGGACUCAAACUCUGUCAGUUUUAGUUUCACUGUAAAUAUGAGGUCACGUCUGACCCCCAAUUUCCACCGCAUCCCGAACGGCUCGCUAUGAUUUCCAGUUCUUCGUUGAAAGGACAACUGGACUUACUUGGGACCAAGUUAGUCCAGUUGUCCUUUUCCAAAAGAGAGUUAGAUUUUGAUUUUGAUCCUCAGAGGAACGGAAAGAAGUCGGUGUAAAUUGACACGUUAACUUGAAUGGUUACGAUCAGCUACGAUCGGAGGAUACGACCUUUUAGGAGACGAUCAGGAUGAAGGUGGAGAUCGGGGAUGAGAGUCCCUGUGAGUCCGAUCGCUGGUCCUGGUCCAGUGUUGUUUUUGGCAGGCAUUUUAGAUUUAGUUUUAGUCUUAGUCAUUUUGACGAAAUGCUUCUUCGUUUUAGUCCCAUUUUAGUCAUUUCUAUCCUUGAUAGUUUUCGUCUAGUUUUAGUCGACGGAAAGGUGCCUUUUGAGGUUCGUGGUGUUCUUUCCCGACAGUUUGAAGCCGCAGCAUGAGGAAGCUGUGGCUCCAUAACUGUCGUCUGUCUCGUCUCCCCGUCCCCGUACAAGACAUUGUGUUUUAUUGUCACUUGAACUGUAUCUGAAGUAGGACCAAAAAUCAUCCCUCUUUUUUAGGCCACCGGGUACCGCUGCUGUGCCUGCCGCCACGGUGUGUGUGUUUGCGCGCCUCGUCCACCUGCCGCUCUGUGUAUGUGUAUGAGUGUGUGCGCGCAGCUGUGAGCGAGCGAGGCUUUUGGUGCGUUUGUGAUGGGGGCGUGACUGUUAGGACAAAAAAAAAGCAUGUUUUGAAACUUUGUUCGUCCACCUAAUAACAAUUUAGUCUCGUCUCGUUCUCGUCUGACGAAAAUGAAUACAAUUUUCGUCACAUUUUAGUCUUUACAGAGCUUUGGUGACGUUCGUCUUAGUCUCAUUUUCGUCAAGGAAAAAAGGGGUCUGACGUCGUCAUUUAAGUUUUCGUCCUGCCUGACGAAAACAACACUGUUCUGGUCAGACCAAAAACUGGACCCAACAGCCCGAGUCCUGAACUUCUGUUCCCUCGCUCUGCUCCAAAGACCUUCAGGUCUUCGUCGUGUCUGUGACGUCGAGCUGAAUUCUUCUUCUUCUGGGAACAUGAAGAGUCUGUUUUUUUCUAUUUCAGGUUCGAAUCAAAGACUCCAAUAAUGAAGCGUCGAUCAAUGACAUCGCAUCUUUGAUCAAGAGCAAAUACAAGGACCAAUCAGGUACAGCGUCUAGACUGCGUUAUUCCUGGAUCUACGCUGUGAUUGGUCAGGACUGAUGAGGUCUGACUCUGUUUCUCUCUCUGCAGGGAUCGUGUACGUGUUUUCUCAGAAGGAUGCAGAGUCUGUGUCGUCUGAACUGCAGAGCAGAGACAUCGCGGCGUAUCCUUACCACGCUAACAUGGACCCCGGGGACAAGUCCCGCGUUCACCGUAAAUGGACCUCCAACAAGAUCCAGGUAUGGCGGCGUUCGCUGGUGUUUCUUCUGUCCUGUGCGGUUUCACAACAACGUGUCGGAAUCAACGAAUCAACAGAGAUGAUCUAAUUUUUUUCUCUUCAGCUGCAAAAAGUCUGAAUCUCUCAAAUCUCAUCUAAACGGAAAAGUGUCUCCUUUACAUGCUGCAGUACCUCUCUGUGUCCUAUAGGUGGUGGUAGCCACCGUGGCGUUUGGUAUGGGCAUCGACAAACCUGACGUCAGGUUCGUCAUCCACCACACCAUCAGCAAGUCCAUCGAGAACUACUACCAGGAGAGCGGGCGAGCGGGUACGAGUGAUUCUCCGGUUUCAGGACGAGGGUUCGAACAGUUUUAGGUCUGAGCAGAAGAACAAGAACACGGAUUUUCAGAUGAUUCUCUGUCACAGUGACCUCGUCUGAAACGGUUUUAUGUUUUUAGUUUUACUCACGUGAAGUUCAGCUUCUCAACAACAGACUUUCAGGAGGAGUUAAAUCAGAGAUCAGCGAAUAACGGCAAAUCUUUACACGACUUCACUCAGGUUAGAGUACCAGUUAAUCCCAAUACAGAUGAUUAAAGUGUGUGUGUGUGUGUGUGUGUGUGUGUGUGUGUGUGUGUGUGUGUGUGUGUGUGUGUGUGUGUGUGGUCUGCAGGCCGAGACGACCGUCCAGCCGACUGCAUCGUCUACUUCGGUUUCUCCGACAUCUUCAGGAUCAGCACCAUGGUGGUGAUGGAGAACGUCGGCCAGCAGAAGCUGCUGCAGAUGGUCGACUACUGCCAGAACGUAGACAGGUAACAUGCACGCACACACACACACACGCACACACACACACAUCCUCUCAGUUCUCCACACUGAGUGUUUUUCUCCGUGUGCAGGUGUCGGCGCUCUCUCAUGGCGGUUCAUUUCGAUGAGGUCUGGGACGACGAAGGAUGCGACCAAAUGUGCGACACCUGCCGCCAUGCCAAAGGUGUGUUCCUGCGUGUGCACGUUUAAUGACUGCAUGUGAGACGCUGCAGAUCUCAGAAAGACAACAGUUUCCUGUCAGAGGAGGAAAAAUCAACCACUGCAGAGACACACGAUGAAAGUGAAAGACAGGGACAGACUGAGACAUACAGAGACAGAGACAGACAGGGACAGACAGGGACAGACAGAGACAGAGACAGACUGGAACAGACUGAGACAUACUGAGACAGACAGAGACAGACUGGGACAGACAGAGACAGACAGAGACAGACUGGGACAGACUGAGACAGACUGGGAGAGACUGAGACAGACUGGGACAGACAGAGACAUACUGGGACAGACUGAGACAGACUGUGACAGACGGGGACAGACAGACUGAGACAGACAGAGACAGACUGGAACAUACAGAGACAGACAGAGACAGACUGGGACAUACUGGGAGAGACUGAGACAGACUGGGACAGACUGGGACAGACUGAGACAGACAGACAGAGACAGACUGAGCCAUACUGGGACAGACAGAGACAGACUGGGACAUACUGGGAGAGACUGAGCCAUACUGGGACAGACAGAGACAGACUGGAACAGACUGAGACAGACUGGGACAGACAGAGACAGACUGGGAGAGACUGAGACAGACUGAGACAGACAGAGACAGACUGGAACAGACUGAGACAGACAGAGACAGACUGGGACAUACAGAGACAGACAGAGACAGACUCGGACAGACUGGGACAGACAGAGACAGACUGAGACAGACUGGGACAGACAGAGACAGACUGGAACAGACUGAGACAGACUGGGACAGACUGAGACAGACAGAGACAGACUGGGACAUAUGGGACAGAGAGAUAUACUGAGACAUACUGGGACAGACUGGAACAUACAGAGACAGACUGAGACAUACUGGGACAGACUGAGACAGACUGGGACAGACAGAGACAGACUGGAACAGACUGAGACAGACUGGGACAGACAGAGACAGACUGAGACAGACAGAGACAGACUGGAACAGACUGAGACAGACAGAGACAGACUGGGACAUACAGAGACAGACAGAGACAGACUCGGACAGACUGGGACAGACAGAGACAGACUGAGACAGACUGGGACAGACAGAGACAGACUGGAACAGACUGAGACAGACUGGGACAGACUGAGACAGACAGAGACAGACUGGGACAUAUGGGACAGAGAGAUAUACUGAGACAUACUGGGACAGACUGGAACAUACAGAGACAGACUGAGACAUACUGAGACAGACUGGGACAGACAGAGACAGACUGGGACAGAGUGAGACAUACUGGGACAGACUGGACUUUGUUCAUUAGGCUCUUAAAUAAGAAAGUCUUUCCAAGUUCCCAUGUGACCUGAUUCCCUGCAGACUACAGCACAGUGGACAUUACCCAGCAUGCCCGGCAGGUGGUCGAGAUCGUGGAGCUGGCGACGUCGCUGGACGAGAAGCUGACCCCCCUGAAGCUGGUGGAGGCGUGGACGGGGAAGGGUCCAGCCAAACGCAGGAAGAUGAUCCAGACCACCUCGCUGUCCCGUCUGCAGGCUGAGGCCGUGGUGGUGAAGCUGCUGCUGCUGGGAUACCUCAGGUCCGCCCUCCUCUUCAUCCUCAUCUUCAUCAUUUUUCUCAUGUGUUUAAUUCUUAUUGGCUCGACUCUCUCAGUUUGUUUUCAGCCAAUAGCAGCAGGUUUAAAUAAAUGUAGUCUUUAUAACCUUUUAUCGGUUUCCCUCAGACGUCCGUCAGGUUUCUGGAGGUCUUGUUUGUCAGUGAGUUUCUCAGGUGUGUGACCUCCACCUGUGCCUUCUCCUCAGGGAGGACUUCAGCUUCACUCCCUACACCACCUACUUCUACCUGAAGCUGGGCCGCAAAGCUCCUCUGCUGAAGAGUCCGACUCACACGGUCAGCAUGACGAUGAGACAAACAUCUGCAGCCGUAAGUAAACGCCGCCCGGCGUGACGACAGGAGAACCUCGUUUUAUAGUUUUGACCGUUUAGAAAAAGUGUUUGUGAUAUCUGAGAUGUUCCUCCAGUCGGUCUGCUCUCUCUGUGAAGUUUUUUAACCGUUUCUUCUUCUUCCACUGAAACGUUGUCGUGUCUUUCCUCUGUGUUUGAAAUGAUCUCUCUGUUUCUGUAAAUCCUCUCAGGUAAGUCUGUGAAUCUCACCUCAGUGCUGUUGUGACUCUGAUUCUGUUACUCUCAGUCUUUGAUUUAGUUUUUUAAGAUUUUACAGUCUGUGAAGUUUUAGAUUAACCUUCAUAAAUCUACUGACCACGCUCAUCAGCAGCGCUCUAACACGGUGACUCCUGCAGCUGUAGUCGUAGAUCAUCUCAGUCUUCGAUCUGAAAUCACUUCACUGAAGAGAACAAUGAUGGAGGUCUUUUUAAAGUGUAAAAUCAGACGAAUCAGUUUCACUCUGAGGGAUUAGAGACGGUUAAUAAAUGAAAAAUGAGGAGACGCUCAGCCGCUGGGAUUCUGUGUCCGUGUCCUGGUCCCCCUCCCUGUCGUCUCUGAACCCUCUCAGGUAAAGCUUGUUGUUAAUGACCCGCAGGGAAAAGCCAAAGAGGGAAAGAGAUCAGUGCAAAGUGCUGGAGACGCCCCCGUGUCCAAGAAAGUCAAGACAGGCCUCCCCUAACCCCCCAAAGCCGAGGACGAGCAGACAAAGUACAGUCCAUCCUUCCUUCCUCUGUUUCCUGUCCUCACUCUGACCUCAUGAUCCAGAGAGUCUGAAGCAUGGCACCGCAGAGAAAAACUGUCCGAACCAGCGAGACACGGAGGCAUCACCUCCUCCUCCUCCUCCUCCUCCUCCUCCUCCUCCUCCUCCUGCUGUUAGUUUUUUUAUUUAACUUGAUCUUUAAAGACAAAAACAAAGUUUAUUAAGAUGAUUGACAACUUCGGCUCCAUCAGAGAGAGUGGGACGCUGUGGAUCAGGGGUGGGAGGAAAAAUCGUGUUUUUUUGUUUUACAAUUUUAAAAUUGACUUUUUUUUUAUUUUUCAAAUUUAAGAAUAAAUCUUAAAAACUGACCUACAUGUGAUGUGUGUUUUUGGGGGAAUCUGGUUCCUUGAACAGUCCGUAGACGAUCAUAAUCAGUCAACUGUUUCACAAAAACAACUGUUUAAAGAUCGAGAAAAUCGACAAUAUCGUAGAAUCGUAAUUUAGAUCGAAUCGGCAUCAAAAUAUCGUGGAAGAUUCGAAUCAGGAGAAAAGCAGAUCGUCCCAGCCCGACUGUGGAUGUUGAUAAAAUCUGGUUUUCAGGUCAUUUAAAGUUUUAGAAACAGAAGUUUAAAAUGUUUAAACUGGAAAAAAAAAGAUCUAAUAUUUAUGAAAAGAUGAUUUUAUGUCAGCAACAGGUUUCUAAAAGUCCAGACAGGGACGAGUAAACUAAGACUAGAUGGUCCUGAUCUUCAGGGUCUUAAAAACAGACAAACUCUGGAGUGGAAAUCACUUUAAAACCCACUGACUGUGAACACAGACCAUCACUGCGUUUGUUUGGAAAGGACAACAGUUGUCCUUUCAACGUAGAACUGGAAAUCAUAGAUGCUGCAUCCUCAGUUUUAAACAACAGGUUUAGGAGCAACAUCUGCGUCCAUCCAGACAAAGAGUUUUUUUUAGGGAAGACCUUCAGAUGAUCCCAAACCACAUUCUGGCUCUGGCUGAGAAGAGUCCUGGACUGAGGCGGUCCUGAUUUGUCCCCUAUAAGGAGGAUCGUGACCCUGAAACCUGUUGGUGACAUCAAACUAAAACUUCGACAGAGUUUUAGGGCCACAAGACUCCACAGUGCAGACUCCACAUGUUGUUUUUUUAUUCACUGAUUUUCAAACAUCAGAAUCUGUUUUUACGGACGUCGUCGGCCCCGUCGUCGGCCCCGUCGUUGACCCCGUCGUUGACCCCCGUCCCUCCUCUCAUGAUCAGCUGGUUUUUGUCUCUCUGAUUCGGACAGUUUUAUCUCCUCAGUCUCUGCUCACAAACUUCAGAGCAUGCUGCCUCUAAUGUUACUAACAUUUCAUCACGCCGCCGCCGCCGCCUCCGCUAACCUCAGCCUCUCAGUCAGACUCACUUCCUGCAGAGGAAGGCUGAGCCGGACUUCAUGGAUCUGGUCCUGGGUGGUGUUUUUUUAAGGGUUAUGGACUCUGAGGUGUGUCUGAGAUGAUCGACUGUUUUCUGACUCUUGGUUUCAUGGUUACAGGAAACACCCGCUGCUGACCCUGAUGAAGCGACCUUUGACCCUGUUGUCAUGGGCGGAGGCUGCUCUCCUCAGCCCAAACAGAAACUAUUUAAAGACCAGAGAAACCGGUCCAAAAAACAGGACCUGAAACCUUCAAACCAGACAGAGAGAGUGAAACCGCAGCUGCAGGACGAGUGUGGCGAGGAAGAGGAGGGUGAGGAGGAAGAGGAGGGUGAGGAGGGUGAGGGGCGGUCCGGUGAAGCUCAGCACGUCAUCGAGGUGGAGAUUAAUAUCAUAGAAAACAGUGAUGUCCAGAAAACACCCUCAAAACCAGUCCGUUAUAAACGCAGAUCCCCCGCCCCUCAGAGAGGGCGUAGGAAACCCCGCUCAGACUCAGCAGGAGGAGCAGGCGGAGACUCGGCCGCCAACACGGCGCCCAGCUCUCCGUCUCAGGCCUCCUUCAUCUCUGAGAGCGCCGCUGAGGAGCUCUGCAACCUCAGGAACUACUACAGCAAACAGCUGCGGAGGAUCAACUACAUUUCCCAUGAGUACCUGGGGCAGCCUGCAGAGACGGGAGUCCUGGCGUGUAUCAGGGAGCCUCUGAGGAGCCUCCGUCUGCCGGGCAGGGUGACCAUCGCCGAGACGGCCCGCAGCCUGUGGACCCGAGUCAGCGGCAGGAGGAAGCUGAUCCACCGAUGACGUCAGACAGACAGGUGUGUUUACAGAGACACCUGUCCACACCUGCUGUGACCUCAGAGGUCUGAUCAGCUGACCCAGGUGAGCGACUCUGGAGCCUCCUGGUGUUUCUACCUCAGACUCAUGGAUGUGUUCAGGUUUUAGUAAGAAGGUUUAAAGGGAUAAUCCAGCGUAGAAUUAAUUUAGGGUCAAACCCACCGUAACACCGAGUUAGACAACCGUCGAGAGAUGAAUGUUGUCGACCGCUUGCUUCUCUAGUUAUACAAGCUACUGUAGUAAAAUGAAAAGGUAAAGGUGUUUUUAUUGAGCUGAAUUAUCAAUAAAAUCAUGAUUUUGUUAACAGGUAUGGAUUUAUGUGCUGUCGAGUUAAUAUAUUUGAACAAGAGCACAGUAAAGUUAAAUCAGCUAAUUUUCCAAUGAGGUUCUGUUACUGAACAGAACUACACCAUGUUCUACUGAGGUUAGUACAUAUAGGGUCACAGACAUAGUACUAGACACCAAACAUCUUUUUAACUUUGACUCAUUUCUUUAGCAAAGAGACUAAACACAACUCACCUACUCUCUUCCAGCAGACGCUUGUUUGUAGAGAGACCUCAGGCCAGUCUAUUACAGACUACAGCGGGGUGCCGCAGCUCAAGGAAGAACGUUUAUGAUCAUUUCUUCAUGGAAAUACAAUCAGACUGAGACGCUAAGACAGAAGAACUACCGCGUCUGUAAAAUGAUUAAUAUGAUUAUUACUUCAAGGAAAUGAUAAAGAAAUGAUCAUAAAUGUUCCUCCUUGAGCUGUGGCACCCCGCUGUAGUCUGUAAUGGACUGGUCUGAGGUCUCUCUACAAACAAGCGUCUGCUGGAAGAGAGUAGGUGAGUUGUGUUUCUGUUAAAAAAUGAGACUGUUGUAUCCUGCGGUCGUUACUAAAGUUGGUAUAACUAGAGAAGUAAGCGGUCGACAACAUUCAUCUCUGGAGGGGGGGUCUAACUCGGUGUUACGGUGGGUUUGACCCUAAGUUAACUUUACGCUAGAAUAUCCCUUUAAAUAAUCAGAUUGAUCAGAGUUAAUGGAGGAGAAGAUCUCAGCUGUUCAGGAGAGACUUCUCUGAUGUUUGAGUUAGUGUCUGUUUGUUUGUUUGUUUGUUCAGCUGCUGUAAAUCCUUUCAGUUUGUUCCUGUAUAUUGAUGAUCAGAAAAUACCAUGACUUAAUCAAUAAUAAAGGUUAGAUCUUUUCUCAUUA